ACUCCGUCACAGUAAUAUUUCCACCACCGCGCCGCAAACACAAAACAAAAAAAAUGUACCAAAAAGUGCUAUUACUAUCUCUUUUCUUCACUCUGACCUUAGCCAAAGAUGAUUUGGGAUUCCGAUACAUUAGCAGAGUAUAUGAAGAUUGCCAAAAUGCCGAUGGAUUUGCCCAAUGUUUGAAGAAGAAGGCUAUUAUGUUUUUCGAUCGAGCGGCGAGGAUGGAGACGAUACCCUUGGUUGAUGGAGUGGACGUGGUGAGGAGUAAAGGAGUCACCUUACAACCUAUCACGGAGAAUGAGAUCGAAGCGGUGUUGCCCAGGAGUUUGAAUAAGGACGAGACCUUGAACGAGAUGCUUUGGGACCGCAUCGCUGCUUUUGCGAAUUCCAGGACAGUGCAGCUGUCACUACCGAAGGUGUCCGGUGAUGAGCUGAACAAAGGAGUUGAGGAAGGUCGAGGGAAGAUGAAGAAAAUGAUGAGCAUGAUGAUGAUGGGAGGGGCGAUGAAGAUGGCAGCCAUGAUCCCGCUGGCGAUAGCUGGGCUGUUCGUGUUGGCUGGCAAGGCGUUGAUUGUGUCUAAGAUCGCUCUCCUACUCUCCGGCAUCAUGCUGCUGAAGAAACUGAUGUCUGCGAAGAGUGGUGGCGGAGGAGGUGGCCAUGAGAGCCACGGCUGGUCGUCUGGUGGCAGCAGUGGGGGCUGGGACAGACGUUCCUACCACGACCUUCCUUACUCCGCCUAUAAAAGGGAAUAGAGGAUUGAUAGUGCUGAUUGAGAGUGAUGUAUAAAGUUAAAGGGAUUGUUUCCAGAAGUUAAUUCUAUUUCGUCGGUAUAAUUUCUCUUCAGCACCUAGCUUCACUGACAGACAGACUGACGGACAAUUCAAUUUGAUGUUUCAAAAGUUCCUAAUUUAGGAUUAAUUGAAAAUAAUUGCUUUAAAUGCUUUGACUUUGUCAGAAGGUAGUAGAAAAAAAAGUGUAAAGCGUCAGUCACUGGUCGAUUUCCAUUUAAAAGUCUUUCUUCGACAUUUAAAGAUUUAAAUAGAAUUUUCUUUUGUAUAAUUAAAAUUCUUGUCGUUAACCCUUAUUCUAUAGGCCAUAGAAACCAAUUUCGAAGACUUUGUACACCAUAAAACAUAAUGUAUAACAGUAAAUUCAAAGCCAGUACAUAAUAGCAAUACUUUAUCAUAAAUAGUCCAUAAUAAUUCGAGGUCGCUACCAAGUCACAAAACCGAUCGUGUCACGAACCUUUCAAUAAAUUAGGUACCUUUAUUUUACUAUUCUGCAUUAGCUCGUAAAAACGACAAUCUCGGUAAAAAUGUAAAUGCUACUGACAUUUAGCGAGGGGACUCUAUUCGAUGAAAUAUUAUUUCUGUUUUACGAUUGAUCAAUCCAAUUUAUACUCGCUAUCAAUCUGUAUUAUUAUUGAUCCUUUAUUCAAAUUUUAGAGAGAAUUUGUAGAUUUUAUUAUAAAUACAUUUUAUUAAUGAAUUUCUUCGAAUUUAUUAACGGGACAUGGUGUUCUAUUUAAAAUUUUAAAAAAUGCUACAAUUUGUAUGCCCACCUAUUUAGAACUCGUGUCUCGUUUUUAAAAAAUACAUUUGAUUAAAUUAUUAUUUAAUUUAUUUUUAACUUGUGUAAUGGUGCUUUUGUAUAAAUAAUAAUCGUUUUAAAAACGAUUUUUUGGUACUUUUUAUUAAAAGGAUUUAUUUAUUUUAGUUUUUAAGCUACGACUGUUUGUUUAAUUUAUUUAUUUUUGCUUUAAUUUAUUGCUAAUUAUUUGUGCCUGAAUACUCAAUAAUAAAAUAAUUUACACGAAAUAGUUGUUAUCAUUGUAAUUUGAAUUAACAUUGUUAUUUUAAUGGUGAUUUUACAUGACAAUAGAUUUUGUAAUUUAUUUAUAAUGAUGUAAAGUUUUAUACAGGUUAUUGAAUAAUAAAAGAAAUAACAGAA